AAUGAUUUGUCGCACUUCAACCGUACACCCUGCCAUAGCUAGGUAACAUUAAAGUUAUUAACUACCCUAAGGCCACAAUGCCACUCAAGUUACUGCCAUUAUAACACUAAGAAGACGCUAGGAGUGCGUGAGGUACAACUGGUCGGUAUGAGCUCGCCGAAGCUCAAUGAACGAUGUCCCAGUACUAUGAGCAACGGGAAAAAACUCCUCAACAAUGACUCUAAAGAAGAUUCCUUAGACAAUUCUAUAAGAGAGUCCAUAAAAUCUGAGAGACCGGGGAAAAAUGAGGAGGAUUGGCGGAGACGCACUAUUAUCAUCGAAAAGAAAAAUGGUAGCUACGGGUUCACACUACAAAGCUAUGGGAUCCAUUACAAAAAGGAACAAGAAAUCGAAGUGAUCACGUAUGUGGACCACGUGGAGGGCGACGGGCCGGCGGCGGCGGCAGGCAUGCGGGAGGGCGACGUCAUCCUGUCCAUCAACGGCACCGACGUGGAGCGCGCCGACCACGCCGCCAUCGUCGACGCCAUCAACUGCUGCGACUCCAGGAUGCGCAUGGUCGUCAUCUUCGAAGACUGCGUCAGGAAAGUAGAACUCCACCUCAAAUACAUAAACCUCCAACGCACACUACAAUCCAAAAUGAGGGAAUUAGAACAACUCAACGUCCGCGAAAGACAAAUGUUCGAUUGCAACUGGAAGACUCACAGUUUGCCCUCCCAGAAGAAAAAGACGUCCCCAUCUGAUGUAACUUCAGACAACGAAGAAAAUAACAUAGGAGAAAAUAUAAACAACUCGUAUUGCAGACCUACUCUGUCCAGCGAAAAUGUGACGGCCGCCAAGCCUCCUCAGCCGAAUGUAUUUAUGUAUCAGUACCUAGAUCCGCGGUACGGUGCGUGCAUCAUACAACCCAACCUGCGCACCGGGAGCUUUGUCAUUACUGUCGGCUCCCCCAGAAACAAGCGAGAAUGUCAUCACUAUAUUGUGAAGACACCCGGCCAGGAAUGUCACAGAGCCUCAGAGAAUUACAAAACGAAUAGUAGUAGCAAACACAACAAAGCUCACAGGAGUAGUCAUAGCCACGGAUGCGCCCCAUGUAUGCCUGCAUACAACAAUCAAGAUGCGAACAGUCUCGAAGCGUAUGACCUCGCCAGUCCCUGUUGUGAUCCACAUUGUGUGCCCAACACAAGGAAAAAAAUGCGAAGGAAGAGAGAAUGCUCCAAAGAACAUAAGAGAAAAGAGAAAUGCCAACAAGUUGACAAAUCCACUCAAAAGCCUGACAGCGCAUCCCACAUGAGGACUAAGAAAGUUUGUCAAUCAGGACACUGCUCAAAUCGCUACCGAUAUUUAACUACAGAAUCUACUCAAACCAGCCAAUGCAGCCUGCAGUCAUAUGCAACGAGCAAUGCCACUGUGAUAUGCGAUAACUCGGCUUCCAGUUACAGUACCUCUUUGAGUAGCGAUACACUGUUCUGGGAUAACGACAGAGCGGACACCAAGUCAUCGCCUAAAAUACAAUACCAAAGUAGUCACCAACACGUAAAACCAAAGUCAUGGGAUAAUUUAACAACUAAGGCGUUUGGCGGGUAUGGAUUUGGGUAUGGAUAUUUAGAUACAACGACAAAACAAUCUAAUAGAUCCAAAAGUCAUGGACGGAACCACAGCAGCCGCAGCACGCAAAGCCACCACGAAUACCAGCAUCACCCGCAGGAGAAGCAUUCGCAUCGACAGAGUGCGCCGCACCACUGCUCCGUGUACACGAGGAGUCAUAGCCACUGCGCUCCCACCAAGUCCACUGAGAGCCUCAUCAUGGUGCCCAAGUACCAGCUGGAGAGUAGCGGCUCCGAAAGCCGGCUGGCGUGCGACUGCGUGGAGUCCAUCGACUACUACCGGCGCGUGAGCAGCAGCAAGAGCCCCGCCGACCAGCACUCGGCCGCGUAUUACACGCAGCACUUCAUCUACCCAACGCAUUCCUACAAGAAGAAGGAUCCUAACAUAAGCUCGGAAAUCACAAGACUUUAAAAAAGUGAGAUUUAUUAAGCAAUACCUUUACGUAACCUUCACUGCUCAACAAUAUUAGGCAUAAAAAAUAAAUUACAGCCGAUUUGUCAUUAUAUCAUAGAUGUUGUAUGUAAUUUUACCAAGUCCGCCAUUAAUCGCUUUUUACCUACUGAUUAAUAGUUUUUUAUCAAUAAAUAAAUACCAACGAAACUUA